AUGUUCGAUAAUAGGCCCAGUAAUAAUGUGUUCGAUGUUAAUGUGUUCGAUGUUAAUAUGUUCGAUGUUAAUGUGUUCGAUGUUAAUAUGUUCGAUGUUAAUGUGUUAAAUAAUAUGUUCAAUCUUAAUAAAUAUAAAUGCAACACAAUAACAACAGAAAUAAUCAAAUUAAAGGAAGAUGGAACCAUAUUCAAUGAAAUACCAAGUGAAUUAUUGCACUUAUCAUAUAAUAUGCUAUAUAUAUGUGCAAUUGCCAACUAUAGUAAUAGUGACAAAAGUAAAGUAUCAUAUAAAGUGAUUAAACAUACAAAAACAAUCAUAGAAAUAAUCAUAGAAGCAGCAGAAGAAAUAGAAAAUAAAGAAUUGUUCUAUAGAAUGAUAAGCAAUAAUCAUAUAAUAACAAUGCAAAGUUACAUGAUAAAGCAUGCUGGAAAAAAACUCGUAAGUGAUGAGGGCUCAAAAAAAUCCACAAUGAAACUAAUGGAAUUAACAGAAGACAAAAAGUAUUCUAACUUACAGAGAGCAUUAGACAUAAUAAGUCAGGAUAUUACUAUUAUGAGUAAAGAAGAUGAAGAUAUAAUGAAGACAUUUAAUUCAAUUAACAAAUAUAAUGAAAUUAAUGAUUUUUUAAUUAAUUCUGUAUACGAUUCUAUUUACAAUGAUAAUAAUGGUAUUAAAUCAUAUGAUAUAUUUAAUAUAUACUGGCAAAUGUAUACUAUGUGUUUAAGCAGAUAUAUAGAUACAGAGUUUGAAAUAACUUUGAUAAGAAGAUAUUUAAACCAGCUAUAUACUGCAGAUAAAAUAGCAGUACAAAAAAGCAUAAAACACUCAAAAGUAUUAAAGACUGUUUCUACAUAUGGUGUAAGCACAGAUACAAUUACUAAUAAGGUGGUUAAUAACUAUUUAAAUGCGUUAAAGUCCAAUAUUGAUGGAGUAAUCUAUAAAAAAAUGGAGAACAAAGCAACAGAUAGAAUAGAGAAACUAAAACAAAUAAAGAUUAGAGAAAAAGCAGUAAGAAAAAAGAGAGAAAGAGAAAUGGAAGCAGAAGCAGAAGCAGAAAAAAGAAAAAGAAAAAGAGAAAGAGAAAUAGAAGCAGAAAAGAAAAGAAUGAAAGAAUUUGAAGAAAGUGUGGCAAAGGAAGUAGAAGAAAUAAAACAAAGAGUAAACAAGGAAAUAGAAGAACAAAUGAAUAAUAAAAUAAAAAUAGAACGUAAAAAAUACAUUGCGACUAUUAUUAUUAUAUUCAUGCUUAUACUUAAUUUUAUUACUAUGUUAUAUUAUAACAAAAAGGCUUCUAAUACAACAAGUACUAAUUAA